AUGAUAUUUACAGUGCGAACUAGAUGUUACCAAUUAUCUGAAUAUCUGUCGUAUGAUAUCUUGGACGAAAAGUUAAUAAGACUCUUUCAACCGUACCGUGAUGUCCAAAAAAUACUUGGAUCAUGUCGUAUGGACAUCAAAGAUCGGUUUGUCACCCCGCCAACAUUGCUCCAAAAGUUCUAUACUAUCAUCUGCAUGACUAUGACUAUUAUUAUUUUUACUAAUUAUUUCCUACAAACAUAUUCAACGAUAUUUUACUCCGAACACGAAAUGGCAAGCUUGAGGACAAGUGGUAUAUGUGGAAUACUCGGUGUAUUUUCGCUCAGCAUUCUACAUGCUAGAUUUUUCAAUAACGAGAGUAAUGUACAGUUAUACGUUAAAAUGCAAGAAAUCGACCGUAUUAUGAACAUACAUCCCCUCGUCAAGACAACUGUUUUAGUGGUUCUAUGUGUACGGAGCGAGUUAUUAGUCCGAGAAGCUGAUAAAACGAAGAAGCUGACGAUAUCCGUUUUGUCGCGCCACAGUGACGGUAAUUUCAGAACGAAAGCCAAGAAAAUAUUGAAGUUGUUAAAGGAGUCGCCCCCGUGCUUCUCGGUGUACGGGAUGUGGCAUCUCGACGCGAGACUCCUGCUCAACUUAUUCAAUAUCAUCUCCACAUUCUUGGAUUUAGAAUCGAGCGCGACAGACAUAUAUUUAAACGAGAUUUUUUCUACAUUUAAUUGCUUUCAAAAUCAAUAUCGGUUUCAGCGACUAAAUCCAUCAAACAAUUUUCAGAGUGCUUUGAUAUUGGACUUUUUGAUCACGGCCACGAUGACUGCUUUGAACAUCUGUAUGCUUCUCUUGCUCAGCAUCCGCAGCGAAAUGUUUCUACGUGAAGUGAACAAAACAAAAAAGCUGUCGAACUCUAUUCUGUCUCGUUACUUAGAUGGGCCAUUGCGACGAAAAGCUAAGAAAAUGCUGAAAAUAAUAGAACGUGACACUCCGCGCUUCUGCGUAUACAACAUGUGGUGCAUGGACGCACGCCUCUUGCUCAACAUAUUUGCCAUUAUAACAAAUGCUUUUGUCAUUAUCCUACAAUUUUCGUUUACGUGA